AUGUUGAUUCCCACUUCCCCCAAGAUGCAGAAGCAGCACAGCGGGGGCAGUCGUGACGUGAUAAAACUCUUCGUCGGGCAAAUACCGCGUCAUCUCGAGGAGGACGAUCUGAGGCCGAUGUUCGAGGAGUUCGGGAAAAUCUACGAGUUCACCGUUUUGAAGGACAAGUACACCGGAAUGCAUAAAGUAUGUCCGUAUCCGAAGGGUAUAAGGGAAUCCCAAAUUUUAUGUUCGGCGAAAUCCAGGUCAGCCAUAAAGCCUCCUUGCGAGGGAGAAAGAGAAAAAAAAGGGGCUAUACAUGUGCGCCUGUAG